AAGUAGCGUUUCAAUGUCGCAGAGCGUUAAAACUUUGACCCGCGGUCGCCGUAUCUGGUGUUUUGUCGAACGGUCACCGCGAUGUUGUGUUUGUUAUCGGGCCUGGCUUAGACCGCACGUUAGCAUGUGCUAGCAGAGGCUAGUUAGCUCUGUGUACAGCAACGGUGGUUGAGCUUCAGGCUCGUGACAAGGUUUUUUCCCCACAACCAUAUUCACACACUGUUGGUUUUAUUUAUGUUGACCACUGACACAAGGUCACACAACAUUUAGACAAGCAUGUGUUUGUGUGUAUUAAAUGCAGAUUGUGUGUGUGGGAAUUUAGGCCUGCACACUCACAAUGAACUUCCAUCUUCUGGAGUAGAGUCAACAUUAAUUUGGUGAAUUUAUAGCAACAUUAGGUGUGUUUUUAUCAGCUUUUAUCAGCUAAAACAUACUUUAAAUAAUAAGUAUCACAUUGAUGUUUGUAUACCUGACGGGUGUGUAGAAGUUAUCGCAAUCAAAAGAUGUAACUGCAAAAAAACAGACUGAGUGAGGGUAAGAAAUCAUAUGACUAAUGGUGCGUUCCAUUUCCAUCAGUAUAUGGAACGCAACAAAUGGAUUAGCUGAAAAUCAAUUUGUGGAUCUGUUGCUUCUCUGAAAUGCGCUGAAAUUUAUCAGAGAAAACUAUUUGUAAUAGACAAAUAAUUGUAAAUUGCAAACACAAAUGGGAUUGGGUGUUAGCGGGUUUUCAACCAUGAUGUAAGUAUUUUGAAUUUUAGGUGGUUCUCACAAAAUUAACGUUCUGUUCUGUACUGUCAGCUGUUCUCCACUGUCAGCUUUGGAUUCCCAGGUGAUUCCCUGCUCUUCCAACCUUGUUCUGACACCCCCUAAGUUUGAGUUACACAUUUGCAACAAACAAGGAUGAAAGGAGUUUAUAACCCUGGAAACACAUUUAUCAUUUGUUUCAGCAGUCAAAGUUGUGUAUCCAGCUGGUCUACCAUGUGAGCAUGACUGCCAUGUUUUAAUCUGGAAUAUUCCAUUUACCACCACCACUGUAUCGCUAGACUCUCUGUCUACCGUUUGUCCUUUUAUUUACCUAUUAAUUUGUAAAAGAGCAUAAUUUCGGGCUUAACAAUGAGUAUAUUGUUAGUCAAGGAAAGAUGACAGCAGCAAAAACAUAGUGUGUCCAUUGUUCUCCAGUGUUUGAGGACUAUCUGGUUCUAUGCACCUUGUCCUAGACUCUGAACUUGGAUGCAUCACCUCAAAAUCUCCAUGUUUGUCUUUGUGAACACAAGCUUCUCCAAGUGUUGGAUGUAUUUGAAAGGGAAGAAGUUGAAGUCCUUGAAGUAUUUUUAAAUCAACAGCCAGUGGGUGCACAAGACUCUUAACUUGAUUCAUUGUCCUUUUUUGUUUAUCCACGUUUCAUUUCAGACACAAUUUUUGAAUUCAAGUUUGCCAGAUGUUAAAUUUCAGGUCACGCUGUGUCCGUCUGUUGGUGUUAGUCCCAUCAGAGAUUAGCAUGGAAAUAAGUGACAUGGUUCCGAAUGUUUCCUGCUAACAGCUAUGACCUUAUUUUAUCUCUGUCUGUGCUUUGUUUGUUUUGCCCUCCUCCUCCUUUUUGAUAGUGACGACCAAGAUGUAAAAAGAUCCAGAGGAAGCGUCAGAGGUACCAGGACCUAAUGGAUUUUUCCCAACCAAGAAGCUGAACUUCAGUCCGGUUCAAUUACCCCUUUGUUUUUAUUUAAUUGGUUUUUUUUUUUUCACCACAUCUUCCAAUUUGCUUUUGAGACUUGUGGUUCCCCUUUUCUGUGGUGCUUCAGGGGCCUGAACAAGCCCCUGAUUUAGUGGGCUUAAAGGGAGCCUGGUCCUGAUUGGACUACAUCUGCAUCCCAGUGGCUGGAUGCUCUGACUGAUGCUGAUUAGUAACAUGCUCCUUGUCAUCAGUUGAGUUGUAAGUUCGUAGCCAGCUCCCGGCAGCCCCACCUCCUCUUUGACUGAUACAGUGUUAACGUUUUUGAAAGUGCAAAAACCAUGUCCCAUCAUCUUUAUGACCCUUUUGCUGCUGAUAACCAAAGUGCCACCCAGGGACAAUAUAGACUCUCUAGCAUGCAGGAGAGGGACCCCCGGAGAUUACCUUCUCGCCUCGGACCUGAGCCGAGCUUCAGUUCAUCUGGGGCUGCUUCUGCCACUCCCACCAACUCUGGGGGGAUGGUCCCACCACUGGUGGCUCAGUCAGUGAGCUACAGGCCUGAGCAGAGUAGGACCAGAGUCGAUGAGGACCUAGAGCGGUCUGUGGACAUGCAUAUUAGCAGAGCCAGAGAGGAAGCAAGGUUUCUUGGCCACCCAGAUCAUCCGCUCGCAGGUCACGGCAGUCGCUUCACCAGCUCUCAGAGAGAGGAGUAUCAAUCCUCAGACACACGGACAACCUCCUAUCCCAUCUCCUCCACUUCUGCCUCUCAGAGCCACAGACACUCAGAUGUUGGAGGUAGCAGAAGCUCAAUGGACUGGUUGUCAAGCUUUAAAAGGCCAACCGUUGAUGAUUCUGCUAAAUGUUAUGGAUCACCUGUUUCAUCGAGCUACACAAGCAGUGGUGAUGGUAGAUUUAUUACUCCCACAGAAAGAGAACGUGAUGUUCAGUCCAUUCCAGGACUUGGAGGCUAUGACUAUACUGCAACAGACAAAUCCGCUGAACCCAGCGAUACAAGUCGGCCCAAGUACACCUCCCAAACUGCUACUGACAUUCUUUCACGCUUUGGACUUGAAAAAGAGGACUUGGAAUAUCUCAUUUCAUACCCUGAAGAUCAGUUGACCCCUACCAACCUGCCGUUCAUCUUGCGCCAAAUCCGUGUGGAGAAGGCAAAGAAAUCAAUGACUCCAGUUCAGUCAAGCUCCUACCCCGAUCCCCAACCCGUCAGAAGUUCUUCAGGAUCUUCAGCUGUUCUCCAGCCCCCUAAAGUGAUUGACUAUGGACAUACUGGCAAAUAUGUUAGCGGGGUUUUGGAUGACAUUGGAAGGACUAGUGGCAGAAGUGCUAGCAGUGGUGGGAGUGACAGUAUGUUGUUGGACACUUGUGAGCAGCGUCCAAGCAGCAGUGGUCAAGAACCAUCAAAAAAAGGAAUUGCUGAGAUUAAAAUCAGUACUUUGGUCUCUUCACGUGACAAUAGUAGUUCUGUUACUAGUCUCAGCUCUUCUUACAACACUGUUGCUCCCACAAGCACUGAACCACGAGUCCAGACUAGCUCUGUUACUAGUCUCAGCUCUUCGACCCAACCUAAUCAGACAUCUCUACCUGGCUUUCACCCUUUCGCUCUGCCAAAGAAAGACACAGACAGACGAGUCUUCACUUCUGAAUCUAAACCCCUUCCAUUCAAGGAACCUGAGGCAGAAACAAGGCCAAAAUUGCCGCUUCCCUUCCCUACGUUGUCAAGUGGGAAUCCUGGUCGAUGUGGUCUUGUGCUCAUUGACAAGACUUUCAAUAGUGGCACCAAGGAUGCAAGUAAAACUCAAGGACAUGAGUCCACAGUUACCAAGCAAAUGACGAAAGAGCAGAAGCAGAAAAUGGAGCAGAACCAGAAACAUGAGAAGCAAAAACAGGAGCAGAACCAGAAACAGGAGGAGAAGCAAAAACAGGAGCAGAAGCGGAAACAGGAGGAGAAGCAGAAACAGGAGCAGAAGCGGAAACAGGAGGAGAGCAGAAACAGGAGCAGAAGGAAGCGGAAACAGGAGGAGAAGCGGAAGCAGGAGGAGAAGCGGAAACAGGAGCAGAAGCACAAAUCUGAGACGAUAAAGAUAGAACAGACACAAAAACCAGUGCAACCGUUUUGGACUUCAGUUUAUCCACCUGUGCCACCUGUGCCCAUCAUCCCCAGCGCCACUGUCCAGUACUCUAGUCCAGUUUUCUUGUCCGGUGGUGCUCGGCCCCCUGGUUUUCCCCCAGCGUCACUUCAGCAAAAUACUAGCCCAUGGAAGUACUUUGAUUUCCUGAAGCAGCGCUUGGUAAAGGUCCCAGGUGUUCAGGAUCGGCCAACACCAGCCAUGAUGCAUGACUAUGCAGCAGCUUCACCGAAAGUCUUUCCACACACCUGUUCCCUGUGUUUCACAGAAUGCAGGAAUAUACAGGAUUGGAUCUCCCAUCAGAACACCAACCUCCACCUUGAGAGCUGCAGAUACCUGCGGACACUAUACUCACAGUGGAAUGGUGAGAUAGUUCUCGAGUCCAGUGCUGCUGGAAAAGAUGCUAAGUCCUCAACUUCUGCGAAGAAUUCCCAAAAAAGUCAACGCAAAUCCAGUCAUGGAAGUCGCUCCCACUCGCGUUCUCGUUCCCGUUCCUGGUCCCGGUCCCGGUCUCCUAGCUCUCGUAGGCGCCGUCGUUCGGAAGGAAGAAGAGAAAAUCGCAGCCGAUCUCGAUCACGCAGUUCCAGAUACUCUCGUUCUCGCUCUCGCUCCCCAUAUUACGACCGCCGUCGGUCACGUUCAAGGAGUCAUGAGAGACGAAGGAGGAGUAGCGAGAGACGAAGUAGUGAAGAGAGACGGUCGUCCUUGAGAAGAACCCGCGACAUACGAUCGUCGCCAAGGAGCCGCGACAGACGUUCGUCACCAAGAAGUGAAGAGAGAUGGUCCUCGUCUGGGAGGAGCGAAGAGAGGCGGUCGUCGCCAAAAAGAAGCCGCGAAAGACGGUUGUCGCCAAGGAGGAGAGACGACAGAUGGUCCUCGCCAAGGAGUGACGACAAACGGUCAUCUCCGAAACGAAGCAAUGAAAGACGAUCUUCGACGGAGAGGUCGCCUCAACUGAAGCGGUCGAGCAGUGCCGAGAAACUGGUGAAGAAACUGCUGGAAAAAACAGCUAAGCAAUCUCUAUCAAAAGAGUCAGACUUGGAAGCCGUGGUUAAAACUCUACUUGCUGAGAUAACCAAGAAGAAGCCCUCUUCCUCCUCAUCUUCUAUGUCUGCUAAAAGGAAACAGCCGAAGUCUUCUACUUCUGCUGGGGCUAAGAGUUCAGCCUCUGCUGCCUCCUCUUCAUCAUUGUCCUCCUCCUCAGCACCAAAGAAGGAGGCGACGAGGUCAACAACAACAACAACAACAACAACUCCAAAGACCAGUCUGCAGAAGAGAAAGUUGGCUAAAGCAUCUCCUCAGAUCUCCACCAUGGUGAAGCUGGAGGGCAUCGUAAGUUCACUCUCUCACGGUGACAUCGUCGCUGCAGUGGAACGCUUUGGAAAAACCAAAUCAGUCGUACUGUUUCGGAAACAGGCAAAGGCUCAUGUGUUUUUCGAAAAAUGCAACGAUGCAAAUAAACUGAAGAGCGCAAAGAUCAUUGAUGUAAGUGGAAUCUCACUGACCGCUGGGACCCUGAGCUUCACAAAGAAGGACAGGCAAAAGGCGUCUCCUCUGAAAAAACGUGGGAAGUUAUCGGCCUCCAAACCUCAAACGACUAAAUCCCCAAAAUCCACCAUAGCGGCUCUUCUCUCCAUACCAGCUCUUCUUCCCACACCAGGCUUUCGCCCUUCACCAGGUCUUCUCACGACACCUGGCUUUCCCCCUUCACCAGGUCUUCUCACGACACCAGGCUUUCCCCCUUCACCAGGUCUUCUCCAGACACCAGGCUUUCCCCCUUCACCGGGUCUUCUCCAGACACCAGGCCUCAGAGUUCCGUCCAGGGCCCGUAAAAAUCCUCCUACCCAUCAAGCCAAGAAAAUCACAACAGGCAAAUGUCUGAAAAAGAAAACCUUGAAAGGCUCUGUUAAAGGCUCGACCAGCGUCACUAAAGCAAAGGUCUUGGUUUUCAAAGCGAAAAACAUCUCAAAAUCUCCAGAACACGUCUCUAAAAGGAAAAAACCUGUCAUGCAGCGGAAACAGCCAGCCGCAGUUGAUGAAUCGGCAAACAUGAGCCAGAUCCGAGUCCCAGAAACAAUCACAGAGUUAAAGGUCAAAGUGGAAACAGCCUCAACUUCACAGGAAGCUGAAACACCAGUGGAGAAAUUUAUCUUUAAAGAAGAGGUGGAAGAAGUAACUGCAGAACAAAAAAAUGUGCCGGCAACAUCCACGGCUUCAGAAAAUACCCCUGAUGCAGAGACUUCCAAAUCACAAGAAUCGAUCAAGAUUGAAUCGAAUGUUCAUCCGUCUGUGGCGACGCCUGAAGACUUGGUCCAGGUUGAGAUGGGCAAGGUGGCCGUUUCAAGUGCUCAAGUGAAGCACCAAGCAGAACCAGCCAAAGCUAAUGUUGAAGCAGAAGAUGCUCAAGAUGCAGAACCAAUGGAGGCUGAAGGAAAAGAAGCUGAAGUGUUAGAGCCCAUGGAAGUAGAACCUUGUGCUGCCGGCAAUGGAGAAGACACAGAGGCUGCACCAGAAAAAGCCGAUGAGAAUCAGCCACCAAUCAGUGCAGAUGAGACCAGGCCAGAUCUUUGUCAGCUCCUGCUGUUCCACCUCAGAACCAAGGAGCAGCUCCUGAACCGCAGACUGGCAUUGAAACUCCAGAAACUUCUGUCAAGACUUCGUCACAGACGUCGGUACCAGAGGCUUCACAACCUUCAAUGUUUCGGUCCAGCUUGUGAUUCAACGUCUCUGGUGGAGUUCCAGAAGGACCCAGAAUCAGCCGAGGUUUCCUCCAAGGUCACUGGCGGCGAUCCGACUGAAUCGCCUGCAGUAGCUACGUCUGACAAAAUGGCCCCAGAGACGGCAGCAGUGAGCAAACAACCAGCAGCCGCGACUCCGAAUCUGACUAUCGGGGAGACAUUUGAAGCUAAUUUUAAUAAGGAAAAACUCGGCUUCCUCAGCAUGAAAUCCAUCAUGUCGCCAAAAUUCUGUCAAAGGCCUGCAAAGCUGAUGCUGAUAACCAACCUGCCCAAAUACAACGACGGCAGCUACACCGAGGAAGACGUCGCCAAACUCCUCAUCCCGUUUGGAUUUGUGUAUGACGACGAAAACAUCUACGUGGCCACUCAGGCGUGCGUGGCCUUCUUUGUGAUGCCAUCGCCUCAGUCUGUGCGCUGUCUCAUGAGGUUCACGUCAAAGAAGCGCAUUACGCUCGGGAACUCUGAACUGGACAUUUCUGUCACAAACUGCGACUUUUCAAUGAUCCCACUGCAGUUUUAUAAAUUCUCGAUGAGGAGGAUGAAGGUGACGUAUUCAUUGCCGGACGAUGCCACUCGAAUAGUCUACGUCAAGAACAUUUCCCCGAGCGAGGUCAAAGUGCUCAAAGAAGAUUUGAGAAAGAUCGAUCAAGUCAAAAACAUCUUUCCUCUCCUCAAUAAGGUCUUUGUUGAAUUUGAGACCAGUAGCGAUGCGGACCGGCUCGGUGUUUGGUACAGUCUCCUGAAAGAUGCUCCUGGUUACAGAAUAUACAGGCUGGAAAUACCGAAGAGCACCACUACAGCGCCACUCCCGAGGUUUCCUCUGAAAGCGAUCCCACACGGUAACACCGCGGCUGUCCCGUCGCUGAAAUACGGCGUUCCGCUGAACAGCGUUCCACCGUUCUGGGUCACGAUACCAACUCGGCCGUUUGUGUUCCCGACCUUGUCCGCUUGGUUCAUCAUCCCAAAGUUUUUGACGGUCAGAACAAAGGAGGAAGUCUCGAAGGCCAACAAUCAGUUCUUCAGGACUCCCACCAUUAUGUUCACCGGGCUGCCACAAGGACACUACAAGCACGAGGACGUGGCACGGCUGGUGUGGUCUUACUUCCCCAAACAGACCCUCCAGUCCCUGUACUACAGAGUGUCAGUGCUGACGCUGCAGAGGAGGGCCUUUGUGCGCUUCAAUGACUGGGUCACCUGCUGCAAGUUUGUCCGAGACCACAUCGCGAAGCCGAUUUGUGUCCGAGGCUUCAGGCUCAAGAUCCAUUUCAUCUUUGAGAACGUGCUUAUGGAAUCAACAGAGGAGCUCAUGUACAGGUCUCUGAUGAAACUGAGCAACUCUCGUGUUCCAGAUCGAGAGGCUCUGGAGGAGCGGCUGCUCUGCGUGGAGAUCUCCGAGGCGUCGGUCAAUAUCGUCACGGUCGUCCUGGAAGUGGUGGCGUCCAUCGCGCCUUUCAUCAGCUUCCUGCCGCUCGCUAACAGGAUAUGUGUGGAAAUGGUCGACGCCAGUGGAGUCGCAGAGGUGGUCGAGAAGUACAGGAGUUUCUCGCCCGACUCUCAGAUCAGACGCACGACUUGGGAGAAAGUCCUACGCUUUGAGAAUAUGAAGAGCCUGAAGCAGCGCCUCGAAGACGCCAAUGAUGUCACGGUAAUUCUAGAACCAGAAGCUCCCGUAGGUGGCGCACAGGCGAAGGAGGACGCUCACAAGCUCGGAGCGGAGACUGCAGUCGCAGAGAGUCCGACAGCCUCUAAAAUCGACCAAGACAUCGUCACCGCCAAUAAAGCUGCCAUCCACCAGCACAAAACCUCCCGGGGAAGCAGGACAAACAGCGAGGAGAAAGACGUCCGUGAUGAUUUCCGAUCUUCUGACACCUACCUUUCCGAGGUGGAAACAUUCAACAUGGACGACUUUGUCACCGUGGAUGAAGUCGGCAACGAUGUGCAAGACACAGACCCCGACCAGUAUCGAUGCUCCUCGUCCAAGCGGUCCCACAUGGCUGAAAGAGGACAACAGAGAUCGUCAUACGAAUCUGCCAGAAGAAUGUCAACACGGUCAACAAGAAGCUCGAAGACCUCGUCAUCGUCUUCCUCGUAUAAACCGAGGGAAGUCUCCACGAAGAGGAGCUUGGCGUCUCACUCGACCUCCAUGUCACCGAAAAAGGCCAAACGCUCUCCUGAGCCCAUGAAAUCCCAGACCAAACCUUCAUCCUCUUCGUCUUUACGCUCUCCUGACUCCUCUUCCUCCUCUGACCCGAAGACAAAAUCUCUGGUCAAAGCAACGAGUGCGUCGUCCUCGAGCUGCUGGAUCAGACCGUCGUCUGCUGCUCGUGAGAGGGAAAAGGAUUCGGCAUCUACUGCUCAGCCAAAUCCUCCUGAGUCACAGAGUGCAGUUUCACAGUCUGACCACAGAGUGUCAGCAGAGGACACUGCUGCAAAAACUGUUGAGUCAGAGACAAAAACAGAAACCUUAUCAGAGAUGCAUACACCUGCACAAGGACAGGGAUCAGUUCUGAGCCAAAUCCAGAAUCUGGAGAUCAGUUUUAAGGACAACAAAGUCGCAGAUCUGGAGGAAGGGAAAGAUGAUUUACAAAAAGAUACAAAAGAAGAUGAGGACGAUGAUGAAAAUUACCAAGUCCUUGAUUCAUUUGAAGAGCAGCCAGAGAACCAGGUGGAUGAUGACGAUCCACAACCUGAACCAGAGAGCUUCCAAGUCGAAACCUUUCAGGUCUUGGACAGCAUCGAGGACGACGGCGAGCCGAGCUACGAGAAGUGCAGUGAAAAGGAACUGGACGGGGGAGUCCUCGUGAAAGACGAUUCUGGUUCUGCAGUGAAACAACUGUCUGAGGUUGAUGUAAAUAGAGUUAGCAACAAAUCUGAAGAAAAACCUGCAAGUGAGGACAUUAAUAAUGAAAAUCGUGACAAGAAAGAUAAGAAUAGGAGUGAAGAAGAAGAAGAGGCCUCCAAAGAGGCUGACAAACCUGACGAUCAAAUCCCAAAUGAUGAAGACCAGCUUUGUGAAGACAAAGAUGACGUAAAAGAACUUGAUGGUAAAAUCGCUAAUCAGGAACCCUUUCAGAUUUUGGAUUUAACUGAAGAUCAGGUGGCAAUGGAGGACCAUGGCCAAAACCUUGAACCCCGCAGUUACCAGAUGUCUGAAGAUGUCAUCGUGCUCAAAGAAGAUGGAGAAGAGGACGAGACAUAUCAGGUGGUUGAUUCUAUUGAAGAUCAGGCAACAACAACAACAACAACAACAGAGUCUGAGGCCGACAACAAGAAAAAGAGAACCAAUAAAGUAGAAACUAGAUCUCCGCGCAGGAGUGGGCGAAGAACCCGAGCAACCAUAGAUGAAGAGAAGGAGGCGUCGUCAAGACAACGGGACAAGGCAUUGAAAGAACCUGAAACACAAACAAACAAAGGAACCUCUGCCAGAGAAGACCGGGAGACUCAUGAGGUCAAUGAGGUGUACGAAGUAAUAGAUUCUGUUGAAGAUGAACCUGUUCAAGGUGCGUCCAUCUCAGAAAGGUCUAGUCGAAGGAGGAGUGCGAGAGGAAAGAAAGGGGAUCUCCUUGAAACAUCUAAAAAACCUGAUGGAGACGCGGAGGCCAUGUAUGAAAUCUUGGACUCUGUGGAAGAUGACAAUGUUACUGAAGAACAGACUGUUGUGACAAGAUCUACCAGAGGAAGAAGGGAGAGGACAACAAACAAAGAUGCUUUUAUUGAUCUCACGGACAGAGAGGACACGCCAUCAAGAAGGAGGCGCACUCCUGCCCGAGAAACGCCAAAGAAAGACGUAGAACCCCAAGAGGAAGGCACACCAACAAAGAAGAGUGAUGUCACUGUGAGAGAGGUAGGUGAGGAGGAAGUCACCUAUGAAAUAGUGGACUCUGUGGAGGACGAGGUCGUUAAGGACAAGCGUCCAACUGGAAGAGGAAGAGGAAGACGGGGAAGACCAAAGAAAGACAUGAACAUGACAAAAAAAGGAAUGGGACGGCAGAAGAAGGGUGACAAAGAGGAGAAGGUGUCAUACCAGGUUCUUGAUUCUGUGGAGGAUGAGACGGUUGAUGAUCAUCAUCCUCCUGCAGAACAUUCCAAAUCUGCAAGAGGGACGGGAACAUCGGAAAGUGAUGAGACGCUUAAAGAGGAAAGUGCAGGAUUACCAAAGAAGGAGGAGGAGGAGGAGCCUGUGUAUCAGAUAGUAGAUUCUGUAGAAGACGAUCAAGUCCAGGAAGAGUUGAUGAUGAAUAAAACAAGUGAUGAAAUCAGUUCAAAAGUGGAGGAACCAACUGUAGAAGAAGAGACAAGUUAUAGCACCUCUGUUGUGGAAGCAUCUGAAGAUGUGGUCUAUGGUUUGGAGGAAAUUAGCGAUGCAUCAUCUGCUGAAGAUGAUUUUGGUUUUGAAAAUAUGGAAGGAACAAAAGUUAACUCCAAAGAAGGUUCCCAACAGGGAACAGAAAUGCCAGCGGAGGAGAAAAACGACAUCAGGAACUUCCUGGUGAACCUGGACGAAGUUAGCGAUGAGGAGGAGGAUUACCCUGAUGACACAGCUGAGGAGGAAGAGCUGAGGAAGACACGAGCUGCCGCUGAAGAGAGGAGAUUUGCCAAGGAGCAAGAGAGCCAGCAGGAAAAGAGGAGGACCAGGGAGAAGGAGGAGGGGAGGAGAAGCAGUGAGGAACGGAGGAGGAGGGUGAAGGAGAGUCGGAGGGACAAGGACGUGGAGGAGCUGGUGACUCUGGAUGAGGUUGGAGCUGAUGAAGCCGGAGAGGAAGCGGCAGCAGCACAGAAUCUAGAGUGGGGCGGUGAGGUCACGACUGGAGAACUGCAGGAGCUCGUCACUCUGGACGAAGUCCUAGAAGACGAGGAGGAGGAGGAGGCCAAGGCUGAGGAACGCUCACAAGAGGAAUCUCCACUCAGCAAAGUGGACGAAUCUGUGGACUCCUUAAACAUCAAGACUUUAGAUGAAGCAGGUGUCCAUCAGGAAGCGAAGGUGGAGGAACUGCAGAGAACCGAAUCUGUGAAACGCAAACACGGGACAGUAGACGAGAGCGUUAACUUUGUGACGGUGGACGAGGUGGGAGGAGUCGAGGAGGAGGAAGAAAAGGAAGCUCCGAGGACGAGAGGUCGACCCAAGAAGAAAACCAGGAAAACUCCCGUGAGAAAAUCUGCUCGAGGGAAAAAAGUUGCUACAGAUGAGCAAGGAGAAGAAGAGAAACCCAGCUCAGAUGAACCUCCACCACCUCCAGACCCGCUCCACGCCUCGUCUUCACCGGACAAAGAUCUGACCACGUUUCAGAGUGAAGGUCGUCACAAGAUCCAGAAGACAGAGGAGGAAGGAGCGGGUGAAGCCGGCGCCGAUGCUCCCUCUGCUGGACAGGAGCUGCCGUCUGAGAACCAGAGUCUGGAAGGAAGUGUGGAAGAAGAAGAGAAGACACCAGAAGGCAGUGUCGACAUUAAAGCUGUGAGUAAAAGGAGGCGGGAACUCGUCGGGCCUGAGGCAAAGAGGUCUCGUUCUCAGUCUCCUUGUGUUCCUAUCGACGUCAAACUGCCGCCGUUUAAUCCCGACGACUCGUACGGUCGGGAGUUUGUGAUUCCCAAACUGGGCUAUUUCUGUAACCUGUGUCGUGUUUUCUACGUGAACGAGAGCGACACCAGGGACGUCCACUGUAGCAGCCGCACGCACUACGACAACCUGCAGAAUCACUUACAGGAGCUGCAAAACAAACCAUCGAGGAGUUCAGCACAGAAUUCUCAAGGCUCUAUUUCUGAGUGAUUGUGACAUCUGAUUUUUUUUUAUCUAUUUUUUUUUGUCUUUUUUUUAUACAUGUGUAUAUUAAAAAUAAAGUGUUAUUAAAUUAUGAGUGACUGUGGCCAUGAUGGUCAGAGAAGAAUGGAAAGAAAUAAAAUUUAUAACGCA